AUCCCCCAGGUCCUUGUGCAUCAUGGCCUCUUUCCAGUCUUUCCCUCCCACCCUCGCACCGCUGUUUCCAUAGACCUCCUGGAGUUCUAUCAUGCAUUAUUCGAACACUCUGCUGACACGGUGACUGCACUGGCUGGCACCUUGCGCACUCACUAUGCGCGUUGCGGUUUCCAGACCCUCGACCAUAAGGUAAGUACCCUUCCUUAG